AUGUCAGAGGCGAUUACUGGAGUAAUCGCAGAGACGUGGAACAUGGAGACCACAUUAGGCGAGACGUUCGUCGACAUCUUUAUUCCAUUGUCGGCGGCUCUAGGCAUAGCAUUCGCUCUCUACCAAUGGGGCGUCGUAAGCAGGGUGAAGAUAACAGCGCCGCUGAGCGUGUAUGGCUUGGAGGAUGGACAAGCGGAUAACGUGGAUCAGCAGAUCGCGGAGAUUCAAUAUGCCAUUUCAACAGGAGCGACGUCGUUCCUAACAACGGAGUACAAGUACCUUGCGGCAUUCAUGGCGUUCUUCAGCGUCCUCGUCUUCCUCUUCCUCGGCUCCGUCAACUCCUUCAGCACGUCCUGGCAGCCCUGCCCGGACAACCCCUCGCAGCUCUGCGCGCCCUCGCUCGCCAACGCAUUCUUCACCACCGUCGCGUUCAUUCUCGGCGCGCUCACCUCGACGCUCUCCGGAUACCUGGGGAUGAAGAUUGCCACAUACGCCAAUGCGCGCACGACAGUGGAGGCGCGGCGCGGAAUCGGCCCAGCCUUUGUCGUAGCAUUCCGCUCAGGCGCAGUGAUGGGCUUCCUGCUGGCAGCCAACGGGCUGAUCGUGCUGUUCAUCACCAUCGUGCUCUUCCGUCUCUACUACGGCAACGACUGGGCGUCGCUCUUUGAGACCAUCACGGGGUACGGGCUCGGCGGCUCCAGCGUCGCGCUCUUCGGGCGCGUGGGCGGGGGGAUCUACACGAAAGCGGCGGACGUGGGCGCGGAUUUGGUGGGGAAGGUGGAGCGGAACAUUCCGGAAGACGACCCGAGGAACCCAGCUGUCAUAGCGGACAACGUGGGCGACAACGUUGGUGACAUCGCCGGCAUGGGCUCGGACCUCUUCGGCUCGUUCGCCGAGUCCACGUGCGCAGCCCUCGUGAUCGCGUCCAUCUCGUCCCUGGGCCAGACGCACAACUUCACGGCCAUGUGCUUCCCUCUCCUCGUGUCCGCGCUGGGCAUCCUCGUGUGCCUCUUCACCACGCUCUUUGCCACCGACUGGUUCCACGUCACUGAGGCCCGCCACGUGGAGCCGCAGCUCAAGGCACAGCUGCUCAUCAGCACCGUGCUCAUGACGCCGCUCGUGCUGGGGCUGUGCUAUCUCGCACUGCCGUCGUCGUUCACCAUUGUGGUGGCGGGGGAGGAGGCGGACAAGACGGUGCAGAACUGGCAGAUCUUCUUCUGCGUGGCCUCGGGUCUGUGGGGCGGGCUGCUCAUUGGAUAUGUCACCGAGUAUUUCACCAGCCACGCCUACUCCCCUGUAAGAGAUGUGGCAGACUCAUGCCGCACGGGGGCAGCCACGAACAUCAUCUUCGGGCUAGCCCUGGGCUACAAGUCCGUCAUCAUUCCCGUCUUCGCCAUCGCAGUCGCCAUCUACAUCAGCUACGCCAUCGCCGCCAUGUACGGGGUCGCCCUGGCCGCCCUGGGCAUGCUCUCCACGCUCGCUACUGGGCUUGCUAUUGACGCGUAUGGGCCGAUCUCGGACAAUGCCGGGGGGAUUGCGGAGAUGGCUGGGCUUGGGGCGGACGUGAGGGAGCGGACUGAUGCGCUGGACUCUGCUGGGAACACAACUGCUGCCAUUGGCAAGGGGCUUGGGGCGGAUGCGAGGGAGAGGACGGAUGCGCUGGACUCUGCUGGGAACACCACUGCUGCUAUUGGCAAGGGCUUUGCCAUUGGGUCAGCAGCGCUGGUGUCACUGGCUCUGUUUGGAGCGUAUGUGAGCCGCGCAGAGGUCACCAACAUCCUCAUCACCAACCCGCAGACAUUUGUUGGCCUGCUAGUGGGUGCCAUGCUGCCGUACUGGUUCAGUGCCAUGACCAUGAAGAGCGUGGGCAAGGCGGCGCUAGCGAUGGUGGACGAGGUGCGGCGGCAGUUUGACACCAUCCCGGGCCUCAUGGAGGGCACCGCCCGCCCCGACUACCGCAAGUGCGUGCAGAUCUCCACCAAGGCCUCGCUCAAUGAGAUGCUGCCACCUGGCGCGCUCGUGCUCCUCGCACCGAUCAUCACCGGGGUUCUCUUCGGGACGGCAACGCUGGCAGGGCUCCUGGCAGGGGCGUUGGUGUCCGGGGUGCAGAUGGCGGUGUCGGCGAGUAACACGGGCGGCGCGUGGGACAACGCGAAGAAAUACAUCGAAGCGGGAAUGACAGAGCACGCGCAGUCGCUGGGGCCCAAGGGGUCAGAAGCGCACAAGGCAGCGGUGAUCGGGGAUACUGUGGGUGAUCCGCUCAAGGAUACAUCCGGGCCGUCACUGAACAUUCUUAUCAAGCUGAUGGCCGUUGAAUCGCUGGGGUCGGAGGCGCACAAGGCAGCGGUGAUCGGGGAUACUGUGGGGGACUUGCUCAAGGAUACAUCCGGGCCGUCGCUGAAUAUUCUCAUCAAGCUGAUGGCUGUUGAGUCGCUGGUGCUGGCGCCUUUCUUUGUGGCGCACGGCGGGCUCAUUUGGGGCAAGUCCAAGUGA